GGAUGCAGAGGCAGAAUUAGUUUGUUUUCAUCUUAUUUCUUUUCAAAAACUUAAAAGAUUCUACAAGGCUCGUCCAGCCCCUUCUCAUCCUGAUGCCCAAUAAGAGAGAGACUCAGAGUGACACCUGCUUAUAUAUAUUACAAGGCCACACAGCAGCCAGAGAGAAAGUCAGUCCUGAGCAAAGCCAAAGCAGUCAAAAAAAAAUACAAUCAGAAUUCUCGAUCCCCUUCCACUUUUGGCGAUCUGAACCAAUCGAUAUGACUUCGAGUGAAAUCGAGUUCCCCAGUGAACUGAAGGCAGAUCCGACUUCUCUGAUGGCAUCUCUGCAGCUUCUGCCGUCGCCAACACCGAACCUGGAGAUCAAAUACAAGAAGCUUUUUAUUAAUAAUGAGUGGCACCACUCAGUCAGCGGCAAGACCUUCCCAACUUACAACCCGUCCACUGGAGAGAAACUCUGCGACAUUCAAGAAGCUGAUCAGGCGGAUGUGGACAAGGCAGUGAGGGCAGGGCGACUUGCCUUCUCUCCGGGCUCAGUUUGGAGACGGAUGGACGCCUCGGAGCGAGGCAGGCUCCUCGACAGGUUGGCCGAUCUCGUGGAACGGGACCGGGCACAGCUGGCGACACUUGAAUCUCUGGAUAGUGGAAAGCCAUUUCUCCAGGCCUACUACGUUGAUAUGCAGGGAGUCUUGAAAACUCUGAGAUAUUUUGCAGGAUGGACUGACAAGAUCCACGGCAAGACAAUUCCAGUAGAUGGAGAUUAUUUCACAUUUACAAGACAUGAACCCAUAGGAGUUUGUGGACAAAUCAUCCCUUGGAACUUUCCUCUGUUAAUGUUUGCGUGGAAGGUAGUUCCAGCUCUGUGCUGUGGAAACACAGUGAUCAUCAAACCAGCGGAACAAACCCCACUGACUGCUCUCUACAUGGGGACCCUCAUCAAAGAGGCCGGGUUUCCUCCGGGCGUGGUCAAUAUUUUGGCUGGAUAUGGCACGACAGCCGGAGCAGCCAUCGCCUCUCAUAUGGACGUCGACAAGAUAGCGUUUACUGGAUCAACCGAGGUUGGAAAACUAAUCCAGGAAGCAGCUGGGAAGAGCAAUCUGAAGAGAGUAACACUGGAGCUGGGAGGAAAGAGCCCCAACAUUAUUUUCGCAGAUGCUGAUCUGGACUAUGCCGUGGAACAGGCUCAUCAGGGAGUGUUCUUCAACCAAGGCCAAUGUUGCACAGCAGGAUCUCGGAUCUACGUGGAGGAGCCAAUCUACGAAGAAUUUGUCAGGAAGAGUACAGAGCGCGCGCAGAGGAGAACAGUGGGAAACCCCUUUGAUCCUGCCACUGAGCAGGGCCCACAAAUUGACAAAGGGCAAUGUGAUAAAAUCCUUGAACUCGUACAAAGUGGCAUCGCUGAGGGAGCAAAGCUGGAAUGUGGUGGCAAAGCACUGGGGAAGAAAGGAUUCUUCAUCGAACCUACAGUAUUUUCCAAUGUCACGGACGACAUGAGGAUAGCAAAGGAGGAGAUUUUUGGACCAGUUCAACCAAUAAUUAAGUUUAAAACCAUGGAGGAGGUGGUAGAGAGGGCAAACAAUUCUCAGUUUGGCCUGGUAGCUGCAGUCUUCACCAAAGACAUUGACAAAGCUUUAGCAGUUUCUGCUGCUAUGCAGGCUGGCACAGUCUGGAUUAAUUGUUAUAACGCCCUAAAUGUCCAGAGCCCUUUUGGAGGGUUUAAAAUGUCUGGCAAUGGGAGAGAAAUGGGAGAAUAUGGAUUGAGGGAAUACACUGAAAUCAAAACUGUGACAGUAAAAAUUCAACAGAAGAAUUCCUAAACGUGCUGGCAGACCAAUAAUUUACUCACGGAUGCAAUGAAUUCACUUAUUCUCAGCAGGACAAACCUGUCGGACAGUUAUGGUGCAGUAUAUGGUCAAAGCUUUAUCUUGUAGAAUGUAAAAAUAUACUAGAAAUUGUAUAUGUGCCACAAAUACUGUGUAUUUGGAAAAAUACAGUAGCAUCAACAGAUUUCUCGUGCACACUUAUUCCAUUGUUCCCUGCAAGCGUUCAUGUUUUUUUUUGUUUAAUUUGCAACCUAUGGAAUGACUCUGUUUAAAGAUCAAUGGCAUCAAAGAAUCCCUUUUACUAUCUUGUUGCAGCCGAUGCAAUGAUUAUUGACGAUUCGUGAACUGGUCCCAAAGGUUGGUCUUCAAAACUAAGCCUGUGGCCAUCCCUGAGCAGAGGUGAGAGGGUGACUGCAGUGACACUAUCUUUGUGGAUGUUCCUCACCUCUCUCUACUCCGAGAGCAUCACCUGUGAAAUGAUUCAGGAGAUCGGAUGCAUGCUGUUCCCCCUCCCCUGCCCGACUAAAAAUAUUUUUAUCACAAAUAUAUACCCCACUGGGGGUUAGACUCCAACUGGGACUGACAGGAGAAGGUAAUUGCAAUGAAACACAUCAUCCCAUUGCUAUGACGAAAUGUGGCUUUGGAUCUCCCAUUCUGCUCCCUCGCCUAAUACGUUUGUCUAUUAAGAACCUUGCGCCCUUAAAUCUACCACUUCUUUAUAGCUACCUCUACAUUGGCAGGGAAUUCGCCACAGUUUGGUGAUUAUGCUUGACAAGCCCAGUUACUGCUUCCCACCAGUGCAGUGAUGCAUGUUAGGUUUUAUUGUUGCAUGGAUUCACUGAUGAGCUUUUUCUCUGUUUUGAAAAAAAAUGUCCCAUUAAUAUAGUAUGACUUGUUCUAGACAAGGAAGUGAGCUCUUGUACCAAAAUUAUCAUUUGGAAUACUGUAGCCAUUAUUUACUGAUGUGAAUAUAAAUAUUUGUAACCCUUCACAUGCAAUUUUUUUUAACAGUCCAGGCCAAUAAAUGGCAACUAUGAUCUAUUUAACAAUUUGCCAGUAAAACAAGGCAGCAAGUACAGUAAAAAAGAAAACACAUUGUAGAAACAAUUACGCUCUGGAAUCUGGAAUGAGAGGAUCCGCUGGCUAUAAACUGAAAGAAUGUAAGAUGUGAAAUAAAGAUACCAAAAGGAAUCAGAAAUAUGAUUGUGAGUUUCAGUUCCGAAUAUGCAGAAAAGAUUUUGGUUUUACUGUGACAAUAAUACACACUCAAACUUUAUUAUUUUCUUCCAUGCUAUCUUUUUUAACCCAUUUUGUAUGAAACAUGUACAUUAAUUUGAUUAAACUCUUACCAUUCCUGCUGUCAGAUACUUAACAGCUUGUCUAUUUUAAAUCACCUGUGGUUGAUGUCACAAAAAGGCAAUAAUGUAUAAAUCAUGGGAUUCCUGUACACCAAUCAAACCACUGCAGGUUGUUCUUGUUAAAUGUAUUGCAGUUUUUAAAUCAUGUAUAUACAUUUAUGUACUAUGAAGAUAUAAAGAUAUUUUCUAUACUUUUUUUCAUUAAAGAAACAAAAUACAUUUGG